AUGUCCUCUAAUGAUAGAGAGGAUUCAUACAAUGGGCAGCUUUUGAGAGACAUCAAGGAAGUAAGUAAAGCUCUUUACUUGAACAACAAACCUCAAAAGCCACUGCUUUCGUUGCCUCCUGUCCGAUCUAGAUCUGUUGCCACAGAGAGUAAGAAGAAGAAAUCUUCAGUGUCAUGGGAUUGGAAGAAACCUUUAAAAGCUAUAGCUCAUUUGGGUCAGCGUAGGUUUGAUGUUUGUUUUCAUCUUCAUGUUCAUUCCAUUGAAGGCUUGCCUGAGAAUUUGGAUGGUACUAAACUAGUUGUGCAAUGGAAGAGGAAAGAUGAAGUGGUUAUGUCUACUCAACCUUCAAAUGUUUCGCAAGGAACUGUAGAGUUUGAUGAGAUCUUGACGCAUAGAUGUUUAGUCUACGGUAGGAAACAUGGGAGAUAUGAUCAGAAGCUUUUCUUGGUCUGUGUCUCUCCUGUUGAUGCCUCUUGGCUUGUUCUUGGGAAGCAUUGGGUUGAUCUCACCAGGAUCUUGCCUUUGUCUAUGGAGGAGAUGGAAGGUGGAAGGAGUACGAGGAAGUGGAACACGAGUUUCAAGCUAUCUGGUUUGGCGGAUUCUGCUGUGUUGAAUCUUGGUUUUGAUUACUCGGUCGUUACUAGCUCUGUCUGUGAUUCAACUGGUGGUGAUGUGAUGCUGAGGAGAGUUGGUAGUGUUCCGAGUAUGGAGCGUAGAUCUUCACCGCUUGAUGAUGGAAAGUUCUCCCAUCAACUCACGCCGAAUUUGAGUUUGGAUCUUUCAAGGUCAGUUGAUCUUCUGUAUGAAAAACUCAGCGAGCAAAACACGGAAACAUCAACAGAAAUUGAUAUCGAGUAUGACCAUCUGGAGAAAACUAAGGUAGAGAAAGGUGUGGAGACUGAUAAGCCGGCAGAUGACAACACUGGAAAAGGAGUAGAGGUAUUUAAGCAAGAAAGAUCCAGAAUGGAAGAAAGAACUGAUUCAAAGACGGAGUCCUCGGAAAUUGAAAUUAUUGAUGUCCAUGAGUUACUUAAAGAUGAAGAUGAUGAUGAAGCCUUUUUGGAUGAACCCUGUUUUAUUGAUCAUCAGUUAUCAGUGGCUGAGCUAAAAAGUGGAGAACCUAAGUCUGCUUUCAGUAGCCAUGUUGAGAUUAAAUCUUCAUCAGCUAUUGAUGAUUGUGCUGAGGAAGAAAAUUUCCUGGAAGCUAAAUCUAGUUACAAAUCUGCAAAAAUAUUAACGAAGUCACGAAGCUUGGAUGACAUCACUGAAUCUGUAGCUAAUGAGUUUCUGAACAUGCUUGAACUUGAGGAACGUUCUUAUGUUUAUACCUCAGAUUGUGAACCUACAUCUCCUCGUGAAUAUCUGCUUCGAGAGUUUGAGAAGGAGGCUCUGGUUUCUGGAAACUGUCUCUUAGAUUUAGGUGGGGGAGCAGAAUAUGUGUCUGACGAGGAACCGAAUGAUUUCUCGUUCUCCUCAAGUUCUGUGAGUGAAACCAAGUUUGAAGGAAAGUCUCAGCUGUUAAUAAGCAGAAGGAAUGCUAAGGUUCUUGAAGACUUGGAAACUGAAACUUUAAUGCGAGAGUGGGAUUUAGAUGACAACAGUUUUAACGACUCUCUCUGUGUUUGCUCUGAUGGGUUUGGAAGUCCCAUAGAGCUUCCAGUUGACGAGGGAUCAGAUUUGCCGCAUCUUGGAGAUGAUAUUGGUCCUUUUGUUUGGACGAAAGGAGGAGGGUGUAUCCGGUCCAUGAGUCCGUCACUGUUCAGAAAGUGUAAGGAUGCAUCACGUCUGAUCAUGGAAGUUUCAGUUCCUGUGGUAUUAGUACCAGAAUUAGGUUCUGAUGUUCUUGAAAUACUCCAAAGUUUGGCAGCUUCCGGAAUCGAAGGGCUUUGUUCUGAAAUUAAUGCAUUAAUGCCUUUGGAAGAUAUCAUGGGGAAGACAAUACAUGAAGUUAUCGAGGACACAAAAUUUGAGAGAAUUGUACAUGAUUGUUCUGACAAGGGUAAAGCUGACAUGGCUAUGAAACCAUCAGGACAGCUGGAUACGUUUCUUUCACAAGAAAUUUUUGGGGUCUUUGGAUCCAAUAUGUGCUCAGGUUAUGUACCUCUUGACGCUCUUACGUCCUUAGCUAUUGAUGGGAUAGAAGUUCUUUCGGUAGAAGGAUUAAGGAUUCAAUACAGUAUGUCAGACCAAGAUCCACCAUCAGUUACUGCACCAAAACCCAUGGAUCAGUCUGAGGCUUUAGAGUUGAUUAGUUUUUCGGUAAAGUUGGAUGAGUGGUUAAGGCUUGACCAUGGAACGUUAAACACUGGAGUUGAAACCGGCAAUCAUAUUAGAGAAAAAGCGUCAACCCACCAUGCCUAUCAAGAUCAAGCUUCUAAUGGAAAGGUCAAUACCUCCGGGAACAAGUUGACACUUGCUCUUCGAGUGUUGCUUAGAGAUCCAUUUCGACAUAAUGAACCUGUCGGUGCAUCUAUGCUUGCUCUGGUCCAAGUUGAAAGGUCUUUGGUUUCCUCAAAUCCACAAGAAGAAUCCUUCGAUAAUAAUGAUACACAUUUGUGGAGAAUCACCAACAUUGGUCUUGCGGGUUUGAAAACUGAGCCUGGUGUUGACCAUCCGUGGUGUACGAAAACCCAACAAGAGUCUGGAUCCUGCUGGUUACUUGCCAGUGGUACUGGUAAAACCAUCAACUGUCAAGCUCCUAAGUCAAAGGCGAUCAUUGUAUCAAACCCACAAGCAACCAGAAAGAACUUGGACACAUUGUGGAGUAUAACAAUCGAUAGGCACAAUCAGGAAGGUGAUUUGUCUAGCUCUGUUGCUUCUGUUCCACUAACAAGAAAUCCAGAUGUGAUCAUUUCAGAUGAAAUAUCAAAAGGAUUGUGAUAGUAACAUUUCCAUCGGCAUAUUAUCUUAUAUGUUGUUUCCACACUCUGCUUAAGAGCAAGUCAUUUUGAUGUGAAAGCUAGUUGAAAGAAGUAGACUCAGAUGUCAUCAGCUAUAUGAAUG